UUCAAGGCAAAUAUUUCCAGACCCCUCCUUUUCUUCCUUCCUCUGCUUAGGGUUUCGUCUCAGGCUCUCACUAUCUCAGCUUUCGUUUUUGCUUUGCACAUCUGCAGGUCUAUGUGAGUUGUGAUUAUUUCUGUGUUGCAGUGGUUCGUGAAGAGCGAUAACCAGUGAAUGAUGGAAAGAAAUACAAAGGAACGGAAGAAAUCGAACGAUGAAGAUAGCACGAGGGAGGUAAAAGACAUGCUAAUAAGCAAUUUACCCCACCACAUAAUCCUCCAUAUCCUCUCCUUCCUCGACAUGAAGCAUGUUGUUCGGACCAGCAUUUUGUCCAGAAGAUGGAGACACCUUUGGAAAUCUCUUCAGUACCUAAACUUUGACCACAACCUAUUCUCUUCGUUUUAUUCGAUCGGACAGAGGAGUAGGAGAGAGCAAUCCUUUACGAAUUUCGUGUCCAGGGUACUGCUGCUUCGUAACCACACAACUGACAUAGUGAAGUUCAAUAUCUCCUGUGACGAACAUUGUUGUGUUGACAGCCUCGCUACAUGGAUCCUCGUUGCGAUAAGCUAUAAUAUUCAAGAACUUCAACUUCAAGCUUUUCGUGAUAUAGAUAUUCGAUUACCCCGUGAGAUAUACACCUGCAAUUCCUUGCAGACGCUGAAGUUGAAGUCUAAUUCAUUCAGACUUUCUGCUCUAACCUUACCCGGUUCAGUGAGUUUACCUCUACUCAAAUACCUUUCUUUUGAGUCAAUUAGUUUCAUGAAUGAUAAGUCGAUAAGCAACUUCCUCUCGGGGUGUCCCGUCUUGGAAAAUUUGUUCUUUGACUACUGCAAUUUUCGUCCUUUGAAGUAUCUCCUAAUUAGUUCUCUUCAACUUAAGGAGUUGGUUAUAGAUACUGAUGACGAUUAUGACAGCGAGUGCCACUUCAAGAUAGAUACACCCAACCUAAAGUAUUUCAGGUGCGGAGGAUCCAUGAGAAAUGAGUAUACUCUACUGGACAUGCCUUCUCUGGACAAGGCUAACAUUGGAAUGAGAAUUGAAGAUGAGAUCUAUAUAAUGUAUGAUCACAUGGAGACGGACAUAGCGAUGGCGAUGUCGAUACUUAGGUCGUUCAGAGAAGAAUAUGCUCAACGCAUGAUGAAGAUUCUUAGAAGUCUUGGCAAAGCAAAAGCUCUAACCUUGUCACCUUGGACGCUUGAGUUUGCCUCAGGAGCUCCAGCUGUAUUAGAGCAAGUUCACAUUCCAUUUUGUAAUCUUAGAUGCUUGAGGCUGACAACAAUGUGUAGCACUGCAUCCUUACGAUUAAUAAGAUACUUGCUCGAAAAUUCUCCUAUUAUAGAAGCCCUUGUGAUGGAAUUAAUGCAGCAAUGCUGCCCAUCAGAUAUAAGGAGGACCCUCGUUAUGAAAUCGUUUUAUUCCAGAAGCAUUGGAAGAGGUUCGGAACCAGAGUUCACAUUGUGUCAUCUCAAGUCUGUUGAGAUCUCAAAUUUUCUAGGAUGUGAGAAUGAACUCCGGUUUUUGAAGUUUUUGAUGAAGAAUGCAACGAAGUUGGAAAAAGUCAUAAUCACUUCUUCAAAUCAGGCAACUGUUAGACAGAAAAUGAAAUGGAGGAAGAAGAUAAAAUCGUUUCUGCAUGACUCUCCUCAUAUUAUGACAGUCGUCACCUAAAUCUUCCAUGAGGGCUUUUUUGGGAGGUGCUGGAAACUGAAUUAAGGCAAAAGUUCUAUGUUUUGCAUGGAAGAAUAUUCAUUCCGAUUCAGAUUCUCUUUUGUCUAUCACGGUCCUGCUGGUCUAUUUUGCACUGUAUAAAGCAAAUUAAACAGUCUUCUGAUAAUGUUUUUUAAAUAUAUUUAUAGGAGAAUUAAUAGGGCAGUUUAUACUA